GUUUUCGAUACUCGCGAGGCUCGCUGCUAUCGUAUUCGAUAAUUAUUAGUCUGAAAAUUUAUAGUUAAUUCUUAAAAGAAAAGAAGUAUAAUUCAAGUAGUUUGGAAAAUGUUCAGUACAGCAAAAGCCGUUCAGUUUGCCCACAAGAUGAUGUGAGUGAAAUACAACUUUACAACUGCUGCUAUGAGGUUUUGUUUCUUACCAAAAUUAUCCGGUAAAUUCCGGGUUCGUUUUUGCUGCCUCAUUACGGGUCUUGCCCUUGUUUCGGUGUCUUUUUUCCUUGUGAGCCUACUGAUUACGCACACUUCAGACAAGCAAUGUAAACGAUGCUACGAAUCCAUAGAUGUUGUCUACACGUGGGUGAACGGUAGCGAUCUGGAGUUUACAGAAAAGAUUCGGCAAUAUGCGCCCGGGCAUGAUAAAGCUCGGUAUGACGAUAAAAAUGAGCUCAAAUACUCUUUGCGAUCAUUGGAAAAAUAUGCGCCCUGGGUACGGAACAUCUACAUAGUAACAAAUGGUCAAAUUCCAUUCUGGAUAAAUCUAGAAAUUCCGCGAAUUCAGAUUGUACAACAUAAAGAGCUGGCAGAUGAAGAGACCAUGCUACCAACUUUCUCUAGUGCCGCAAUUGAGACGUUCAUCCACAGAAUUCCGGGAUUGUCCAAAAACUUUCUGUACCUGAAUGAUGAUAUAUUUCUGGGAGCACCGCUAUUUCCGGAUGAUUUAAUUACUCUUUCCGAAGGCACAAAGGUGUUCACCGCGUGGUUGGUACCAGACUGUGCCCCAGAUUGUCCCUGGAUGUUUGUUGGCGACGGGUCCUGUGAUAGUCAUUGUUAUGUGGAAGAAUGUCAGUAUGAUGGGGGUGAUUGUGAUCACCCAGAUUAUCAAGAUCACGUUCAAGAGUUGGAGGAUUACGACUUAAUGGAAGCUACUGAUAACGAGGAUACAUUCAUCGAUGUACCAAAAACUUUCCCUCGUGUGGGUUUAAAAGCGGACAACAUUCGCGACGUUUACGAAAUUUUCAAGCGUUCGAAUAAUUCUUCCACAAAACAACUAGUCGAUAAGUUCAAUCAGAACAAAAUGAAAUUCCUGAAGCAACAUGCAAAGAAAAGUUCUUCGCAGCGUAACAGCGAGCGGAAUUCCGAGGGAAAGGAGGAAGAAAAGAUGGCCAACUCACAAGACAUUUUUGCGCGCUCUUUGAUUUACACCAAUAAAAUUUUCAAUCGGUUGUAUGGUUUCAAAAAUCGUAAAGUACUCGCUCACGUUGGCUUUCUUCUGAACGUGGAUAUUAUCAACGCAAUGCUGGUGAAAUUGAAGGACGAAUUUGCCAUAACCAAGAGUCAUCAAUUUCGAGAGAAAAACGAUUUACAGUAUGCCUUUACCUAUUACCAUUUUCUGAUGAGUGAAAGCAGAAAUAAGAGCCUUUCGGAAAUUUUUGACGACUUCGAUACCGACGGCUCGGGAACUUGGUCGGACCGUGAAAUACGUACGCUUUUAACGAAGAUUUAUACUCUUCCCUUGGACUGGUCUGCGGUUAGAUAUUUUGAAGAAGUAGUUACGAACUGCUCCUUGCAGCAGAAUAAUUUUCUUCCUUUCGAGCAUCAACCGGAGCAACGCAGCGUGUAUCCUACUUUAGUGUACGAGAGAUACGAAGAUUCGACAAUCCCAACCGUUACCAAACGACUGGUACUUAGUUGCCGCGAGCUUACCGAUAUGAUGCGGGCAAACUUUGGUCAGGUGCCGCUGUACAAGUUUCACGUUAACCAGAAAACCGGAAUCUACAGCAACUUUAAAAUGCUAACAUCCAACAUCACUCAAGUUGUCGAUGCGCUGGAUGAAUUGAGAAAAAAUCCUAAAAAAUUUAACUGCAUCAACGACAACCUCUCCGAGGAUAAAAGCGAGGAAAAUCAGCUGAUCGCUGCCCUGUUGGAAGAUUUCUAUUUAUCACUGUUUCCCGUUCGAAGUCAGUUUGAGCUGGAAAAUAACUACCGCAAUAGAUUUCAAUACUAUGAUGAUUAUCAAGCUUGGUUGUGGCGGAAGAACGUAUUUCGGAAUGUAGUGUAUUUAAUUUGCUUGCUUGUGUUCCUUCUCUGUACCAAAAUGCUAUGCUUCCGCCAUAAAGGUAAAUUUGCACGCACUUUGGUGCUUCUCAGCAGUAGUCGAAGCGAAUACUCCAACAUUUAGUUAGAAAUUAUAUUUUGCUCUUCGUAGGCAACUUUUAUUUAUUUAUUGUAUUAUACAACAAAGUAAAAGUAGCAAUAAAUACUCAAGCCAAACAUUUAAAAAAACAUCUAAAAGCUAUAAA